UAGAUACAGAUCUCCUGGAGCAGCUUAAUGAAAUAGUUGGACCAUUCAGAUUCGCUAACCAAGUAUGUGUUUCAUCAGUGUGUGAUCCUGAACUUCUUGCUGGUACUGGAGGUGUUCAUGCAGUGAAAGCCCUGUCAUUGUUAUGGGUGACCAUGAGUGAAUCGUCAGCUUCAUUUUAAUUCUGGGGACAAAAAGGUAGACAAUGUUACUAGCUCAGAUAAACCGAGACUCUCAGGGAAUGACUGAAUUUUCUGGAGGAGGAAUGGAGGCCCAGCAUGUGACUCUCUGUCUGACAGAAGCAGUAGCCGUGCAAGAUGGUGACAACUUGGAAAACAUGGAAGGUGUAAGUUUGCAAGCAGUUACCCUUGCUGAUGGCUCCACUGCAUACAUACAGCACAAUUCUAAAGAUGGUAAACUAAUGGAUGGCCAAGUGAUUCAACUAGAAGAUGGUUCUGCAGCCUAUGUUCAACAUGUACCCAUGACUAAAAGUAGGGACAGCUUGCGUCUGGAAGAUGGACAAGCAGUUCAGCUGGAGGAUGGAACCACAGCAUUCAUUCAUCACACCUCCAAAGACAGUUACGAUCAGAGUGCAUUACAAGCAGUCCAGCUGGAGGAUGGAACUACUGCCUACAUUCACCACGCAGUGCAGAUGCCACAGUCAGAUACCAUUUUAGCCAUUCAAGCUGAUGGCACAGUGGCUGGUCUUCAUACAGGAGAUGCUGCCAUUGACCCAGAUACUAUCACUGCUUUGGAGCAAUAUGCAGCUAAGGUAUCUAUUGAUGGAAAUGACAGUGUCAGUAGCACGGCAAUGAUAGGCGAAAAUGAACAAGAAAAAAAAAUGCAGAUUGUCUUGCAGGGACAUGGAACGAGAGUGGCUGCAAAAUCUCAGCAGAGUGGAGAGAAAGCAUUUCGCUGUGAUUAUGAUGGCUGCGGAAAACUGUACACAACAGCUCACCAUCUGAAGGUACAUGAAAGGUCACACACAGGAGACAGACCGUAUCAGUGCGAACAUCCUGGAUGUGGCAAAGCCUUUGCAACAGGGUAUGGAUUAAAAAGUCAUAUCCGAACGCACACUGGUGAAAAGCCGUAUCGGUGCACAGAAGAAAACUGCACCAAGUCAUUCAAGACUUCUGGAGACCUACAGAAACACAUCCGAACCCACACAGGGGAAAGGCCCUUUAAGUGUCCUUUUGAAGGAUGUGGCAGAUCGUUCACAACAUCUAAUAUUAGAAAGGUUCACAUCAGGACACAUACAGGUGAAAGACCUUAUUACUGCACAGAGCCAGGAUGUGGGAGAGCUUUUGCCAGCGCAACUAAUUAUAAGAAUCAUGUGAGAAUACACACAGGGGAGAAGCCCUAUGUCUGUACAGUUCCUGGUUGUGAUAAACGUUUUACAGAGUAUUCCAGUCUAUACAAGCAUCAUGUUGUACAUACUCAUUCCAAACCAUAUAAUUGUAAUCACUGUGGAAAGACGUACAAGCAGAUUUCUACACUUGCUAUGCACAAGCGGACAGCACAUAAUGACACAGAGCCCAUUGAAGAGGAACAAGAGGCUUUUUUUGAGCCACCACCAGGUCAAGGGGAAGAUGUUCUGAAAGGCUCGCAAAUAGCCUAUGUGACAGGUGUAGAGGGAGAGGACGUAAUUUCUGCACAGGUUGCUACAGUUACUCAGUCAGGAUUAGGUCAACAAGUAGCGCUAAUUGCCCAGGAUGGAACCCAACAUGUCAACAUAUCUCAGGCAGAUAUGCAGGCCAUUGGAAAUACAAUCACUAUGGUAACACAAGAUGGCACCACUAUCACAGUCCCUGCCCACGACGCCGUCAUCUCUUCUGCAGGAACACAUUCUGUAGCAAUGGUUACUGCAGAAGGCACCGAAGGACAGCAGGUUGCCAUUGUGGCUCAAGACUUAGCAGCGUUUCAUAGCACCUCGUCAGAAAUAGGACAUCAACAACACGGGCACCAUUUAGUGACCACAGAAGCUAGACCCGUUACAUUGUUGGCUACAUCCAACGGAACACAAAUUGCAGUACAGCUUGGAGAACAACAGUCCCUGGAAGAAGCCAUUAGGAUAGCCUCCAGAAUACAGCAGGGUGAAACACCAGGCAUUGAUGAUUAACUUCUAAAACUGCUACCAGAACAAUAGAUUGAAAGGUAUUUUAUUUUCAAACUACAAAGGUCCAUGGCAGCAGCAAUCCACAAAAACUUUGAAGUUCCCUGCUCACUGGUACUGUGUACACAUUUUAUGCAAGAGCAAAGAACGUUUUGUAAGUGUUGUGUACAUAACCCCGGGAAUGGACUGACAUCAUCUACUUCCAACUGUUGUAUAUUCAGGAAUAUGGAAUUAGGAUUAUAUAGUAAAUUUCCUUGUUAUCCUUUCAUCAGAUUUCAGACUGGUCUACAAGCAAGUUAAAAACAAAACGGAAGUAUUGGAGUUAAUUUUUAGUGUCAUGUACAAAUAAUGAAGGCAUUACUGAAGAUUUGAAGUGUUGUAAAGACUAUGACAAAAUCAUAAUUUCAAGAACCCUUUCAAGUUAUAAAGAAGACAGAGUCUUUUCAGUUGUUUUCCAUAAAUGGAAAAGUCAUGGAUUUUGAGCCUACUGCAAACCUUCAUUUUUUGAUUUGUUUCAUACAGAUUUGAAUACUCUUUAGAUUGCCCCCUCCCCCCCAUUCACUGUAAAUACAGAUUGUUAAUGCUGGGAGUGCUAAUUGUAUUAUCUUUAAAUUGGAUUAUGUACAAAGGAGAAACUUUGGUUGUUCGAUAUUAAAAGAAGUAAAUCUAAUGAUUUCGUUUCUUUACAUACUUUACUUAAGAUGUUACUCUGAAAUUAUUAUGCAAUAAAAGAUAACAAGAUUGUAUUAUCUAGAUAGGAUGACAUUGUUCUGUGACAUACUGUUUUACUUUUAGUGGCACAAGUUAAAUUAUUUAUUUACGGCCUUGUAUAAUUUUUUUUCCCCAAAGUUUAUUUAUAAGUUUAAAUUUUUUACUUGUUUUGACCACGGUCCACUGAAGUAUAUAAAGUAAUCAGUGCUGGUCGUUAUUUUCAGCAUUCUGAAGCACUACAGAAAUUAUUAAAAAGCAUAAUUAGUCAACUGAUUUUGACUUGAAAGUAAACUAGGAGGUCUCAAGAGGAAUAUGUUCAAAUGGUGCAUUUGGGGCAUAAGUACAUGUACUAAUAGUCUGUUUUCAACAGUUCUGAGUGCCUGCAGCUAAUACUGGUUACCUAUGAUGUGCUGAUAAUCAGUGAUUUUGAAAAUCAGGACACAAGUUACUAGGAAAUAAAAAAGGGAUUAAUGAAAGAUGAUGUAAGUACAGUGCUCCUCUCCACCUAUCAUUCUAUAAAGGAAAAAAUUCAUUGUAGAUAAAUCUAACACGUACUGUAAGAUGUAACUUAAACCUUUUUAUACAGAAAUUUGUCUUUACUUGUCUUGUUAUUAAGCUUGUUGAGCAAGUUAAACUUUCUUGGCUUCCUGUAAGACUCAGUGCUUACUUUGGAUGAGUGUUGAGAGCACUUCUGAAACCGAAGCCCCACCUUUAUCUUUCUCAAGGGAAGGAUUAAACAUCUUGGGGAUGAAACGUUGAUCAAGUGAUCAUUUUGUAUGUCUUGUGAGGGGCUCAUUUUGCAUUAAAAAAAAAAAGUAAGUUAAUAACAAUGUACUUGGAGGUAUUUGACAUCAAAAAGGCCGAAUUUAAUGUGAUUGACUAUAUCAAUACGGGUUGCGACUUUUUAUGCUUUUCAUAUAGGUGGCCAACUGCAAAAUGCCGUGAGAGAACACAGUACUAUGGGAUAAAGGUGGUCAAAACAGACUAAUGUCCAGAGCUGUUACAAAGCACAACUUUGAAAACACUGAGGUUGUCUGCAACCUUCCUGUGGGGUUGAGGCUGUUUACUUACGUAGAUGCCAGAUUUCCUGAAAUUUUAAGUAAUUUUGAUGUCCCUUGGAGAUAAACUGUACUAUGCAAAGAGGUUAAUUACGUGUCAAUUAGAUCAGUUUCUUAGUUUUUACGACCUUUUAGAAAUUAAAGAUGUAUCAUUUGACAUGAACGUUCAAGUUUUUUCUUCUUAAAUUUCAUUGCCAAUAGUUUAUGGAAACAGUGGCUGGAAGUGACUUAGCACAGAAAUAACAGCAGUACCUCUUGUUUCCCAGGACACUUUCUGACCACUGCACAAAUGUGAGUAUUAGAUCUUCCUUCAUACUAGUUAUUUUCCUGCUAGGUAUUGAAAACUAGCUCGAUAAGGAAAAGCUGCAAAAUCCUUAAGUGAUUUUUCUUGUAUCUUACCAGUUGUUCUUGCAAAACUCCUGCAGUCAAAGGUUUUGCAUCCCCCAUAGUUACCCCUGUAAAGGAAAACAUACUUAAAUACUGAAUAAACAAGCCAGACUGACUUAGACUGCUUAGUCUUGAGAGAGAAGCAGGGAUGAUUGUGUGCAUUUUCACUGUGAGGCCUUGUAUGUGUAACAGUCUUGUUUUCAGAGUGGAGUGCCAUCUGUGAUUUUCUGCCUGCUUCCCAGGAGUAGAAGGGAACCGUCUUGUGAGCAGAAACUGCCGUUGGAAGGUUCUGUAGUGGAGAUUACACAAGUUGAAAUUGGGUGAAGUAAGGGAUCUUGGUGAAAAGGAUUUCAGGAGGAGAAAGCAAAGAAUAUGCCCCAAAGAACUGAGUGUUAGGCAGUAGAAAUCUCUUAUAUUUAGCCAUAGAUUUUACUCCUCUUUUUGAAUGUUCUGUUUCAAAGGGAGCGGCACACUGGGAGAAAGAAUUGUAAAACAGGGAUCCUAUGAAGUAGAGCAGCCUUUCCUCUUAGAAAUUGGCUCCCACAUUUCCAGGAUUCUCGGUCACAAUUUUCUCUUAGACUUGAAUUCCAGCCCUAAGUCAACUCCUUCCUUAAAGGAAAAAUAAAAAACCCCAACAAGACAAACAAGCCACCUCUAGACUUGGCAGUCUGCACUGGGGGAUUUGCUUUUCUUUGCAGUAGUUCAGUGCCUCUCCAGAUAGUAAAAACAGAGAGGCAAUUAUUAGAGGUGCUCCAGGCUGAUGACCUUUUGUGCCUGAGGCACUAUGCAUAACAAUGGGACAGUUCUUACCCUAAAGAGCUUAAUGCCAAAGCACACAUGAAUAGGCUGAAGCUGCAAGACUGUGUUUUUAGAAGAGUAAAUCCUGAAGCCUGCCAACAAAGUUGUAAAAAGCCAUAAUCCCUGAUAGUUUAAGUAAUCUCAGCGACCAGUCAGCUGACUGAUACCAGAGAUAUUCAGGCACAGUAUGGGAGGAAAAACAGGACAUGUGAUGUCUGCCUAGCAAAGAGCAGAAGGAGGGAGCCAAUAGUCCAGAUAAAUGAAAUGUAGGAGCAUGGAUGGCAGCUCUUCCUAAACUUUACUCCAGUUCCGAACCUUCAUUGAAUUUGGGGAACAAUUUGUUUGACGGGAUGUUCUGGCUUCUCUGACAGUCACGCAGUACUAGAGUACUGAAAAAGCCCUGUGUGCUGCGUACUUCUCAAGAGGCAGAGCCGAGAAGCUAUUUAAUCAGUUUUAACCACUAGGAAAAGAUGGAGCAGAGUAAGGGUGUGAAGAAGACCUGUUUGAAUCCAGCCAUUUAACAGAGACAUCUGGUAAACUCAGGCUGCAUACUUUAGGGUGACUAUAACUCCAGUUUAACCAGAAUGCAGAAGUGCCCUGUAACGAGCCCAUCCCAGUCACUUAGUUUGUCUUUGAAGGGUAAUACUAAGAAGUGCAGUACAGAUUUCAGUAGUUUUCAUGUAUAGCACAAGGGAAAGUAAGAGCAGGGCGGGCAGGAAAAUGAUUUCUCAAGGAGCCUUGUCUGCACAGAUACAAAUGCAUGAAUUCAGACUCCAGCUUAUUGUUGAUAAUAAUGUACUCCUAUUUUUGCAGAUCAGUACGUAUUUGAGUACUGGAUCUCCCAAAAGUAUUUUUUGCUCCAUUGGAUAAAAGCCUUCAGAAAUUUGAACCAGUAUGAUGGGAGACUAAAAGCCAGUGCUGGUUCCUGUGCCUUAAAUAGUAAACUAUACUCAUAAGUCAUAUAAAUCAGCAUUUUUUGGUGUUAUGUUGUGUAAUUGAAAUGUAGCUUAGGUGUUUUCAGCAGUUUUGAUGAUCCUUUGAUGUUCCUUUGAUGUUGUUUUGCCAGCAAAGUUCACUUGGCCAAAGGAAUAUCUGACAGCGCAAUUAGGCUAUCACCUUUAAUAGUAAUUGGCUGGCACCUGACCCCACUGUUAAUGUGAUAGCAGACGUUUUCAACUGAAGAGUUAUAUUCAAAGCGGACUUAAUUAUCCCAAUAAACACAGAAGCUUAUAUCAACAAGGAAGCAUUUUGUCCUACAUAGUCUGUGUAUUUUUCUCUAAUUGAAACAUGACCCUCUUAAAUCCCAUCCAGCUCAGGUUCUGAAGACCUAAGAGACUCUGUCUAGAUUCAUUUUGUUCCGUUUAAAUUAUUUGAAGCAUUGCAUUCAAAACAAUGACAAAACGUUGAUAGUUUUUGAGCACAAACGAUUACAUGGAGAAAAAAAAGUGUCUUACAUGCUUACAUGUAAGUGCCUUACAUGAAGGAAGCAUUUGCCCUCACCUUGUUGGCUGACUGCUGUGUUUUACAUACUUAUCCAGGGAGUUUCUGAUUCACCAUCAUGUUGAUGCUGUAGUAUUUUGCUAAGGGGCUUCUGAGCAGGUAUCUUAGUGAAGCAAGACAAGGGAAAGACAUUCCUGAUACCUGGCAGGUCUGCUGACAGAACAGAAACUAUCACAGUGCUGUAGGAAGCUCCUGGAGAAAGCUACAUCUCAAGCUACAUCUCCCAUGGGCUGGUAGCCAUGAUGUAGAGUUCAUUCGGAUCUGAAUGCAAGUUAUGAUGACUCUGAGAAAUAGCCAAAUGCAGGAAUGGUUUGUGGGUCAAACAAAAUGAGCUGCUUUUUGCUUUGUCAACAGAGACUGCAAGAUUUCUUCCAUGAAAUGAUGCACACAAGAGAUCAUUAAAAUAAGUUGCAGUAAAUUUGACAAAAGGCAGAGUACUUCUAUGAUUUUGUAUGUUUCCUGGAGGGGAAAAAGACAAAGGUUAGGGAUGCUGGUAAAGUAGUAGUGACUGUUUUGUUUAUGUGCGUGGGACAUUUUGAGGCUUUUAAUCUUCUGUUAACUUCACUUAUACACAGGAAAGGGGCAUUCUCAUUGUACCUGUUGUUUUCUGUCAGGGCAAUUAUUCCCUCUUCAAACUACAGGAGUGUGGUGUGAGAGCAACGUGCAGAUUUCCAGAACGUUUCUGAUCUGAAUACAUCUCACAGGAUCAGAUUCUUCUGUUGUUUCCUUUGUAACCAGAGGCAGAAAUGUAUGCAGAAGGGGUGUCAGUAAGGCCUGAUAAAGAGUGUAUGCUUUCAUUGUUAUGGACAGGUAUUGAGGAAUUGUGCCUGACUACUUGACAAAAUCUGUUUUUUAAUUUUUUAAACUUCUUUCUGAGUAUUUUCAGAUCUUCCUUUGAAUUCCUGUAGUUUGGGCCCAGAAUUUCUUUGAUAGAAAGCCAUCAAAUUCCCCUUUCUUUUGUCCACCUCCAUCUCUUGCUCUUGUGUUCACUCAGGAAGUGCAAAUAACAUCACUGAGAAAUGCUCUAUCUACAUGCUGAGUAUAGGUUAAAAAGAGCAAAGGGAAUGGCAGCAUCAACUACAAGCUGCUGUAGAGUUUCUGAUUUUCAUAAAAGCAGCCUGACCUUCCUUUUCUUUGGCUUUUUCACUCUGUUUAUCCUUCUCAUAAAAUGAACCAGUUUCAAGCUCUGCUGGCUGCUCUGCAAUGGGUUUCAUCCGGUUUUUGGCAGAACUCUUCCAAUUUGAUCACUGUGGUUUUGGGGGACUGCAGAUGAACUUGUAAGUGCAGGAAAUCCUGACAAGUAGGCACUGUAUUCCCUUCCAUGGCAGUUUCCUCUUACAGCUAGACAAAUUGGCCAUUGUUUCACUUCUUUCCCAUUCAUCAUUGUUUGGGUUGUCCUGCUACCUACAGAGGGAGAGAACUGUUUCCCUUUGAGCUUGAAAACUCCUAGUUAAAAGCUGUUGGUUCCCACUGAGAGUGUGCCACCCCAGAUAAGCGUUUCUGGUAGCAGAAAUCUUGAGUGCACUGGACUGAUACACUCUUUAAUUUAAAAGCAAGUCGUUUUUUAAAAAGUGGCAAAUAUAUUCUGAAAACAAAUGGAAUUAGUAGGCAUUGCACUAUUGCUGGGUAAGUGCUGCCCAGACAUCAGGGUACACAUCUAUCCAUGGGAUCAGGUUUUUAUUUAGCGUGAUCUACAGAAGCUCCGAGGUACAAUUUAGUGAGCUUCAGAGAGCUAGGGCUGAAUUUGGCUCCAAAGAGUGUAGUGCAGGAGAAGACCACGCAGCUCUUCCCUGCUCACUUCUCCCUGUGACAGUCUCCUCUGCUAAUGUACUCUCUAAGGAAAUAGGCUCUGUAGUGCUUAUUUAGGCUGUUGAUAGGCCUGGUAAUGUUAGUCCUUGUUCAUGGUGGGCAGGGUAGCCAAGUUACCAUACUCAUGCUUGGGAAGAACCAACUUUUCUUCAAUACAACUAUUGACAGUCCCAUCAAAAUACAGCAAAAACAACAGCUUAUGUGGAUUCAGGAUGGCACGUAGGUAGAAGCCAUGAAUGCGUGGUCCUUUUAUAGCAGCUACACGUUUUGUUAUAGUUGCAUAUUUAUGCAAUACUUCCUUAUUUGCUGUCAGUUUGGAAAUAAACUUUCUUUUUAAACAA